AUGGCACUUUAAAUUUCCUUUCUAAAAAUUUUAUUUCUAAAAUCGGUCAUAUAUGAAAAUUGUAUAACUGAUUAUGCAGCUGAUUGUAGAUAUACAGAUUUUACAAUUGCUGGGACAAGUAGUGCAACUUUAGAAAUGUGUGGUUCAGAAUCUAAAAGUUUAUUUAUGGGUCCUUAUGGAUAAAAAACUACAGUAAGCAAAACCUUUACAAAUAUUCCCCCUAAUAAAUUAUUGGAAUUCUCAUUUGGUAUUUGGAAAUUAGACUCUUGGGAUGCUGAAGGAUUUGAGAUUUAUGCGAAUGAUGGAUUAUUAGAAAAUCUAAUCAUUCAAUUUGGUAAAGGUGCAUUUGCUUGCAGAAAUGAGAAUUAUUAAGAUUCUCUAGAACCACUUUCAUUUAAAUUUUCUCUAAUAGGAACUGAUUUAACAAUUAAAUUAAAAGAUAAUUUAGAUUAAGAUCUUUGGGAUGGUAAAAAUAUAAAAUGAAUAUUAGAAUCGUGGGGAUUAAGAGACAUUAUUUUGAGGCUAGCUGUCCCUUGUGUUAACUUUUAUAGCGAAUGUAAUUAUACUGGAACAUUAUUUUAAAUAUGCUAAGGAGAGUAGUCAAAAUUACAAAACUACAUUCCUUUUGAAAUCAAAUCAAUCCUUAUGGGCCCUGGUAUUAUUGUCAAAUUGAAAGGCCCAAAUUACUUUGCCGGACUAUUAUAAGAGUUCACCUCUUCUUAAUCGUGUUUGAAUGGCUUUCAGGUAUUCAUAUAAUCAAGAAUUGUUAGUUCCCAAAAGUAAUGUAUUAGGAAUGA